AUGGUGUCCAACUGUAAACUUUCUAAACAUGGUGCUGAUAUAUUCUUCAACCCUACUCUUUACAGGUCUAUUGUUGGAGCUCUACAAUGUGCUACUCUUACUCGACCGGAGAUUAGUUUUGCAGUUAACAAAGUCUAUCAGUUUAUGGAGAAUCCUUUAGAUUCUCAUUGGGAUGUCGUUAAACGGAUUUUGAGAUACCUAAAGGGCAAGCUAUAUUAUGGUCUUCAUUUCCAAUCAACUCCGCUGCCCAGUCCAGUUUCUCUGACAAUCUAUGAUCGACACAAGCAACAAGUUAUUGCCCGUUCUAGCACAGAAGCUGAGUAUAAAAGUUUGGCUCAGACUUCUGCUGAAUUGACAUUUCUAAACUUCUUACAGAACUAA